AUGACAGUACCAUCGGUUGAAGGUUUUGCCCGCUGGAACUUUGAGCGCAAGGCUGAACUUGCGAAGGGUGUCUCCCAGAACAUGUCUGUUCGACGCAGACCGCUGAGACUUUUUUCUAUGUACACUGGCUGGGGCACGGCUGAGAUGGUCGCCAAUUCUGUUGGGAACGCCUUUAAUUCGCUCCCUGGAAUCUCCUGUGGCAACAGGAUGCAGGUCGAAGUUGCGUGGAUGUGUGAGUCCAACCUUGACAAAUGCCGAUAUUUGGCGGAAGCCUUCAAGGACGUGACCCAUAUUUUCAUGGAUGCCGAUGAGGUGGCAACAGGCUGUGCUUGGGAGUUCCGCACUGGCCGCAGACUGUUGGUUCCGAUGGAUGUUGAUGGUGGUUUCGUGGGCUACCCCUGCGUCGACCUCUCCAGCCUUAACACUGGCCCUGGAAAAUUCAAAGAUACCAGCACGGCGACUGGCAAGGGCUAUGUCAAUAUGCUCAAAGUCGUGGAUAUGUGCGAGAGGCUGGUCUUCCUUGGUGUGGAGAACAGUGGCAACAUGUGGCACAAGCGGAGAGAGGACCACUUUGAACGGCCGAUUGACGUGCAAGAUGCAGCCUUCCGAGAGCGAGGCUUCCUGGCUUCGUCGCACCGGGUCUCUGCUCAUGAGUUUGGCCCGCCUCAGAGUCGGCACCGCUCCUGGAGCCUGUAUUUGCGGAAGACGGCGUCACUUGCCAUGGACAGUUUGCUGGCUGAAGUGACCCUUUCGAACACUUUCUUAUCUUUUCGAUGCCAAGCCGUGCCUCUGGCAAGCGUGCUGGCCGAAUGUCCCGGCGCACUCCAAAAGGCGAGGGCCCCUGCUGAGAAGGAAGCGGCGCCACGACAGAGAGGCGAGAAGUGGACCAAGCAGUUUGCCGACCUGGCCGCAAAACUGGGGCAGGAGCAGCUGGACUUGAAAGUCCGAGAAGUUCAAUCUAUGAAGCUUCCGCUGACAUCUCGAGAGAUCCACGUGGUGGCCAUUGCAGUUCACGAGCUCCAGCAUCGUGGACUGGACCCAUGGAAAGAACCCAUAGUUAUUCAAGUGGAUCAGAGCUUUGGGAGAUCCUGGCAUCGGUCAGACCACAAGAUUGCCCCCUGCGUUAUUCCGAAGGGCAAGUAUAUUGUGACAGGCCCUUCAUGGAGGCUUCUGGACAAGCAGGAGAAAUGUUUUCUGCAGGGUGUUGGGCCACGAGAGAUCAGCACGUAUCGCAUGGAAGAGCUGCUUACUGAAAUCCAGCUGUGUGACAUGGCCGGGAAUGCGUUCACCGCGCAGAUUUGCAUGGCCGCGCUGCUCACGUUCUUGCUUUGCUGGGACUCGGGGGCGGCCCCGGAUGCUGACGUGAAGCCUGCAUGA